AUGGAGAAAGCUGGAUCGAAUGCCCUCAACAAAUCCAUGCAAGGACUCUGGUCGACACACCGACGUGCAAAACUCAACUUGAACGCUGCGCCAGUUCCGUUGACUCCGCCAGCACCUUCGAAUGAGGAUAGUCUUCAAGAAGAUCCUGCAUCUCUCAUCGGAGCGCAGGACGUUGAGACCCCUGGUCCAUCUUCGAUACCACAACCUACGGAGAAUGAGACACUACCUGGAGUCUCCGAGAUGCAUUCUGCGCCUGUAAGUGGCAAGAGACGAAGUCGCACAUCAAGACAAGCCGGCGACGACAGCAACAAGAGGGCUAGGCUUAGCGCUCCGUCUGGUAGCACUGCAAAAGAUUACAGCCCUCCGUCGACUCGGCUAUCGGAUCUCGGAGGCGUUGACACAUGUAUUGAAAAGAUGAUGGAGCUUGUGGCAAUGCCUCUCUGUCACCCCGAGAUUUACAUUCAUACUGGCGUUCAACCCCCACGAGGUGUGUUGCUUCAUGGUCCUCCUGGUUGCGGCAAGACGCUACUUGCCAAUGCGAUUGCCGGGGAGCUCGGUGUCCCAUUCAUCAAUAUAUCUGCCCCGUCGAUCGUGUCAGGGAUGUCUGGCGAGUCGGAAAAGACGCUGAGAGAUACCUUCGAGGAAGCCAAGCGCGUUGCUCCUUGCCUAUUGUUUAUCGACGAAAUUGACGCAAUUACUCCCAAACGAGAGAGCGCACAGCGAGAGAUGGAGAGAAGAAUUGUUGCUCAAUUUCUCACAUGUAUGGACGACAUGUCGUGGGAUAAGACCGACAAUAAGCCUAUAGUUGUAAUCGGGGCAACAAACCGUCCCGACUCGCUUGACGCCGCACUACGUCGAGCCGGUCGAUUUGACCAUGAAAUUGGCAUGGGAGUUCCUGACGACGAAGCGCGAGCACAGAUCCUGCGCGUCUUGUGCUCAAAAUUGCGAUUAGAGGGCGACUUCAAUUACAUUACCCUUGCAAAGGCAACACCAGGAUACGUUGGCGCGGAUCUCACUGCGCUCACAGGAGCCGCAGGCAUCAUUGCCGUCAAACGCAUCUUCAAAGAGAUCUCUGACGGCACUCUUGUUCUCCCUGACAAUAUCGAAUUUCAGCAUACCGACGGAGAUGCAUCGAUGGCAGUGGAUUCCCCUCAGCCAACACCUCCUUUUCCCACAAAACAUGUUCCCUUCUCGACGUUUGAUGUCUCCACACACACCGCUGCGAGCUCCAUCGUGCACUUCCUCCGUGCGCACCCGGACCCGCUGACUGAAGCACAGCUCGCCCCGCUGUGUAUCACCUUCGCAGAUUUCACUCUCGCGCUGAAACAAGUACAGCCGUCAGCGAAGCGCGAGGGCUUUGCAACAGUGCCAGAUGUGACAUGGACGGAUGUCGGCGCGCUCCAUGGAACGCGCGAAGAGCUGCACAUGGCGAUCGUACAGCCCAUUCGACGGCCAGAGCUAUUUAGCGCGGUAGGCAUCGAGGCGGCGUGCGGCGUACUACUAUGGGGCCCACCUGGAUGCGGAAAGACGCUACUUGCCAAGGCGGUCGCAAACGAGUCGAGAGCCAACUUCAUCAGUGUGAAGGGGCCGGAGCUGCUGAACAAGUACGUGGGCGAGAGCGAACGCGCGGUCAGACAAGUAUUCUCGCGGGCACGAGCGUCUUCGCCAUGCGUGAUAUUCUUCGACGAGCUGGACGCGCUUGUCCCGCGCCGCGACGACAGCCUCUCGGAAUCAUCUGCCCGCGUAGUCAACACACUGCUGACGGAGUUGGAUGGGCUCGAUGCGCGCAAGAGUGUAUAUGUCAUUGCCGCCACUAAUCGCCCGGAUAUGAUCGAUCCGGCGAUGUGUCGCCCUGGUCGUCUCGACAAGCUCCUUUAUGUCGACCUUCCCUUGCCUGACGAGCGCGCAGAGAUCGUGCGGACGUUAACGCGGAAGGUCCCACUAGGUGACGUGGCAGCAACACAGCAGGCAGUGGAGGCCCUUGCGAGGGAGAGGUGUGACGGAUACAGCGGGGCGGACCUCGCUGCGCUCGUGCGGGAGGCAGGGGUCAUCGCGCUGAAGCGUACGCUGGGUAUGCUGGAUGCGGUGGAAGACGACACGACUCGGGAAGGAAUUCAGCCAGAGGUUCGGGUGGAAGUACAGGUGGCCGACUUCAUUGCCGCUCUGCAAAAAGUGCAGCCGAGUGUGUCAUCCGCUCAGCGGAGGAAGUACGAGGUGUUACGCUCGAAAUUCUCCGGCCUUCCUGUUAGAACAGGAAGGGAAGAGGAAGAGAAGCGUGUUGAGGAAAAAAUAUCAUAG